CUUGUCCCUAUUUUUGUAAGUGACUAUGUCUCAAAGAAAUACUAGUACAGAACAAAAUUUAUUUUUUCUAUUACAUACUUGCUUCCUGUAGAAUUCAGAUUAAGCUCUUCCAGUGCUAAUCUAAGCUCUUCCACUGUUGAUGGUGACUUUUUACUCAUGGUAUGGUCUAGUUGACAUUCUGAUAAUAGCUCUUCACAUUCGUUUGAACGUAUUGCGAAAUUACCUAUAGAACUUAUAAUUUGGAUUUUCUCAUAAAAUAUAAGAAUUAAAGGGGUUUUAAGAUAAUUUAUUAAAGCUUUUUUGUCUAUAAAGUCGUUGUAUGAGAAGAAGUAUUGGCGAAAGAAUAUCGGGUACUGGGUUAAAUGGAAGAUUUUUCUACAUUAAAGCAACCUACAGGAACUUGGGAAGCUUCCGAAGAAGCGACUGAUACUCCAAGUUUACUUGUAGUAAUAUUGGAUGCAAAUCCAGCUUCUUGGUACUCUCUUUCUAAGCGUAUACCGGUUGCAAAAGUGUUGGCAGAUAUAAAUGUCUUUUUAAACGCACAUUUAGCUUUUCAUCAUGAUAAUCGAGUUGCUGUUUUAGCCUCUCAAUAUAACAAGGUUGAGUAUCUUUACCCAAAACCAGAGACUGAAGAGACUGUGCCUUUGCUAGAUCCUACAAAAGAAGCAAAUACUUACAGAAAGUUUCGAGAGGUUGAUGAUUUUGUUCUUGGCGGCAUGAGGAGGUUGAUGAAUUCCACGUCAAGCAUUUCCAAAAAAACAUUGAUGUCUGGUGCGCUGUCCCGUGCCCUGGCCUAUAUAAACCAAGCCCAAAGUCAAAAAUAUAUCCGAUCUAGGAUAGUUAUCUUUUCAUUGACUGGUGAUGUGGCACUUCAAUACAUUCCGACGAUGAACUGUAUUUUCUGUGCCCAAAAGAAGAAUAUUCCAAUUAGCAUAUGUAACAUAGCAGGAGGAACGCUCUUCCUUGAGCAAGCUGCUGAUGCUACAGGAGGUAUUUAUUUGAAAGUCGAUAACCCCAAAGGCUUACUGCAGCAUCUAAUGAUGACCUUAUUUCCGGAUCAAAAUCUUCGAAAACAUCUUAAUACGCCAAAUCAAGCGAACGUUGAUUUUCGAGCUACUUGCUUUUGUCAUAAAAAUGUUUUGGAUAUUGGCUUUGUCUGCUCUGUAUGCUUGUCUAUCUAUUGCGAACCAAGAGAUUUCUGCUCGACCUGUCAAACAAAGUUCACCUCUAGCACGAUAUCUAAACGGAAAUUUUCGUAGUUUACUUUCAUCAACAUAUUCAUGACGGGUUAAUGAACCAAUUUUUUUGAGAAUUAACGAGGCAUCAAUAAAACUUCCACGACCUUUGGUAAGCUAAUUUAAUAUUAAUGUAUAAACAGUCUGCAUGUUAACUCAUAGGAAGAAGGGCGGCUCUGACAUUCCUUGAUGAGAUUAAACAUUGAAGGUAAAAUGCUGUACAAAUCUAAGAACUUCAAAUUACAAAUAAGAUGAAAAUCGUUUAGUGAAAACAAUACAAUAGCUUUGCAGGACAUUGCACUCUCAUGAAUGCUAUAUAAGUUUUUUUUAAAUAUUUUGAAUUUAGCUUACGACUCCAUCUUUAAGAAUGCAUAUUGUUCAUUCAAGCUUUUUAUUUUCCUGCCAAACUUCAGCUAUUUCUACAUAUUGAUCGCAAAUAGCUUUUGGUUAGU